CCGAGCCUUAGUACGACCAAGCAGAAGCUGCUGAUAUGUUAGAGGAAACAAAUACUUCAUAGUCUCAGGGAAACGUGUAAAUAGUCUGAUUUAUUGAAGUAGGCUACCUACAGUCCUCGGGAUGGCAAUGCGAGCAGCGAGAGAGAGGAACCAGCUGCCAACGUGUUACUAUGAGGGAUACCUGGAGAAGAGGUCGUUCAAAGAUAAGACAUCUCGGAAACUGUGGACCUGCCUAUGUGGAAACACGCUGUUCUUCUUCAAUGAAAAGAGAGACACUGAUUACAUAGAGAAACUGGAUCUCAGUGGAUUCAUCUCGAUAACGGAUGACAGCAGCCAGGAUCGUAACUUAGAUGCAGCCAGAUUCAACUUGCAGAUGAAGGAUGGAAAUAUCAAAUUCACUGUUCCUAAUGCAGAGGCUCGUGAGCUGUGGAAGGGCUUCAUUCAAUCUGUGGCUGAGCUGUCGAUACCAUCCAUCGCCAACCUGCUACCAGGCCAGAUCCGCAUGCUAAAAGAGGCCAUAGAAAAGGAAAAGGAAAGAAUACAAACUCCUGGUGUCCCUCCACCUGUUCCCACCAACUCCAGUCCUUACAUCCGCCUCCAAUCAGAAAUGCCAGCUUGUUACCACAAUGUGUCCCGUCUGGAGGCCGAGCUGCUGCUUGAGAGAGAGGCCAAGAAAGGAAACCUGCUGCUGAGGCCUGGAAGUGGCGGAAACUCCUUCGCUGUCACCACCAGACAGGACCUAGACGGCCCUGUAUUCAGACACUACCGUGUGACUCGUAAACAUGACGGGGGCUUUGCCAUUGAUGUGGACAAUCCAGUUCUCUGUCCCACUCUACAUGAUGUGAUCAACUAUUUAGUUGAAAAUACUGACAGAGUUUUGAUUCCUCUCAUCAUUGAAGAGGCAUAUGAAAAAAACAUCUCUUAUAUUCGGUCGGACAAUGAAAAUGGAGAGAAGAGCGUUCAGCAGGCCUCAUCAAACCGUGUCCCACCAACUGCACCCCCCAAACCAGUAGCUCUAAGAAUACCGACUCCUGAACCAGAGGCAGAACCAUUUAUAGAAGAGCCUGAGUAUAUGAAUGACAAGUUUGACGGGAAAGACAAAAAGACAAAGGAUUCCCCAGCUGCUCCACUGCCACAGCCGGAGAAAAAUGCUCCAAAGAAAGCAAUUAUGCCUCCAACUCCUGCUCCUCGCAAAGGGGCCUCCUUUGUAUCACCCCCCUCUUCUACCUCCUCCAUGAACAGCGACCCGAGGUUGAGAGCCUUAUCUGACUGUCAGGGACAGAUCCCUAUCGCAACGCUGUCUGAGCUGAAACUCAAGUUGGAACAAAAGGCAAGGAGUCAAGAGUGACCUCUCCUGGUUGGAUCCUCUCAAAGCAUCUGUGACUCAACAGCAGUGCAGAGCCACUCAGUUUGUCCCUGCAACAUGAACCAACACGUGGGAGCGGGAAGAGAGCAGCGGUUUCCACACAGACCGCCUCUUCCCCGUCUGCAUCGUGGCUCUGCUCCUCCUCGUCAGCUGGCUGUCAGCAGCAAAGCCUCUCCGAAGAUUAACACUCUAUUGAUUCACCCCUCUCAGGCACUCAUUAGCAAAUGAAUCGACUGUAACGAGGGGUGUACAUGUCACAUUAUCUUCACUGUGUUUCUCUUGUACAUUUUGCACAUUUGCCAUUGACACUGGUGUACAUUUUCCUACUUAGAUUGUAUCAGAUCUUCUGUAUCAGUGUUUGUGACUACUUUUACUGUAAUCAGCUGUUGAGUUGUAUUGUAUGUUUUUUACAUAGCCUAGAUGGCUAUAUUUAUUCUGCCUUACAGGCGUGUGAUGUUUAUACAUAUUGUACACCAUUGAAUUGGCUUGUGGUUACUGUACCUACUGUAUGUGAAUGUAUUUUAUAUACUGUAGUGAAGGAAACAUUUGCUACCGUCACAUCCAAUCAGAUACAUAUGCACAAGCAACCAGUAUGUGCCAUGCAGCAGUUAGAAAUCAAUCAGUUUUAUGAUGUUCUGUACCUGGUCUGUAUUCCUGUGUUAAACCUCUUUUUUGUUCUUGCCCUUUAAUUUUUUGUUGAAGCAGAAAUCCAAGACCAAAGUGCUCUCACUCCUUUAUUACCUCAAUGACUGAUACAGUAUAGUGGAAAAAUUAAAACUAUUUACAAUAAAUUGUGACAUUAUGUCAGCCUGUGAAAUAAAAGUUAACAUAAUUCUUA